AUGAAUGGAAAUGACCCCAAAGGAAUAAAGACACAUAUCAAUAAACCCCUGAAUAUUCCAAUUAUAAGAUUAACAAGGAAAGUUAAAACGAUAAUCGGCAUUAGCCAUGUUGACCCCUUAGCACAAUUCUUAUCCUAUAUAAACCCACCAACACAGUUGAAAGCAAAAGAAAAACUGUUAGUGCAGGCAGAGAGUAACAUGGCUGUGAGAGUGGAGGAAGAAGGAAUUGGAACAAUUCCCUUGAAGCAACACUUUGUGCUUGUACAUGGCAUAAGUGGAGGAAGUUGGUGUUGGUACAAAAUCCGGUGCCUUAUGGAGAAUUCUGGCUACAAGGUCUCAUGCAUAGACCUGAAAAGUGCUGGAAUUGAUCAAUCUGAUGCUGAUUCUGUGCUAUCUUUUGAUGAUUAUAAUAAACCUCUCAUGGAUUUUAUGUCUGCUUUGCCUGAGAAUGAACAGGUUAUAUUGGUGGGGCACAGCGCUGGAGGGUUGAGUAUUACUGAGGCUUGUCACAAGUUUGCAAAUAAGAUCCUCUUGGCUGUGUAUGUGGCAGCAACUAUGCUCAAGUUGGGAUUUUGGACUGAUGAAGAUCUUAAAGAUGGUGUGCCUGACUUAUCUGAGUUUGGAGAUGUGUACGAGCUAGGAUUUGGAUUGGGAAAGGAUAAGCCUCCAACCAGUGCUUUGGUGAAGAAAGAAUUUCAACGCAAAAUCAUCUAUCCUUUGAGCCCUCAUGAGGAUUCGACCUUAGCUGCAAUGUUGCUGAGGCGAGGGCCAUUGCUAGCAUUGACGAGUGCACAAUUCGGAGAGGAAGAUGAAGUGGAGAAGGUGCCACGUGUGUACAUAAGGACAAGGCAUGACAAGGUGGUGAAGCCUGAGCAACAGGAAGCCAUGAUAAAGAGGUGGCCACCAUCCACUGUGUAUGAACUGGACAGUGACCAUAGCCCCUUCUUCUCCACUCCAUUCGUUCUCUUUGGCUUGCUUGUAAAAGCUGCAGCUUUUCAAUGCAACACUUGUUGA